AUGCAACCGUACGAGAGAACAGAGCAGCACCUGCAGCAGCAGCAGCAGCAGCAGCAUGAGGAGCAGCAGGCCCCGUCGGCACAUACCUCCUGCAUGCAGCCCCAGGUGAGCAGCAGCAAACCUGAAGAGCCACAGGGCCCCCUCUUCGCUUUUGCUGCUGCCAGGCGAGACAAGGAGGAAGCAGCAGCAGCAGCAACAACAGCAGCAACAGCAGCAACGGCAGCAGGAACAGCAACCGCGACAGCAGCAGCAGCAGCAGAUGGUAACCAAGUAGCUCCGCUCUUAGCAGAGACGCAAGGCGCUCCCAUCAUGAUAGACGCAGCACUGCAGCAGCAGCAGCUGUUGCUGCAGCAACAGCAGCAGCGGCAGGGGGGAUUGACCUCCACCUUAGGCCCGCACUGCAUGCAAGCUCUCAUCUACCCGACCAUGCAGCAGCAGCAGCAAGAGCCGCAGCAGCAGCAACAACAACAACAACAGCAGCAACAGCAGCAGCAGCAGCAGCAACAGCAGCAUGAGCAGCAGCUCACGGAAGAGGGGUUGAUAAAAUCCCCAAUGAGCCCGGAGGAGAUUCCGCAGGAGACACAAACCACUGGACUUCCUUGGCAGCAGCAGCAACAGCAGCAGCAGCAACAGCAGCAACAGCAACAGAAACAGCAGCAACAGCAAGAGCAACAACAGCAGCAGCAGCAGCAACAUAUCUCUCUUCAGCUGAGCGAGCUGCAGCAAAGAGGGCAGCUGCUGAUGCAAAGGCAGCUACAGGAGGAGCAGCAGCAGCAACACAGCCAUACCAGCAGCAGCAGCAGCAGCAGCAGCGGAAUGGUCCAGUGGUCCCCUGCUUGGCAACCAGUGCAGGAGGCCCCUCAGUGGGGCCCCCCUAGGGGUCCCAUUGGGGGCCCCAUGGGGGGCCCCAUGGGGAGUCCCCCCCUUGUGGCGACAACUCGUGAGGGUUUGUCUGUCCCGUUUGUUUUUACUGCAGCAGCAGCAGCAGCAAAUUGCGGGGAAGUUGUGCAGCUUGCUGCGCCUGAUGUGGGGCUUGUCGGUGGUCCAGUAGCAGCAGCAACAGCAGCAGCGGCGGCGCCUCCGUUCGUGGCUGCUGCUGCUGAGAUAGAUGAACCCAGAAGCAACUUUUCCUUUCCCUCUGCUGCUGCCGUUACUGCUGCUGCUCCUGCUGCUGCUGCUGCUGCGGUCCCUGCUGCAGGUCCUGCAGCAAGUGUGCAGCGACACACAGUGUGGGUGCCGCUGCACCGGCCGCUGCAGCAGCAGCAGCAGCCACUGCUGCAGCAGCAGCAAAAGGCGCCAGAGACCCCUGCUGUUGCACCAGGGGGCCCCCAAGGGGGCCCCCCAGUUUCUGCUGCAGAUGGUGGGGGCCCCUUUGGGGGCCCCUGUGGGGCCCCAGAAAGGCGUGAGCUGGGGUGUACAUACACCGUAGAAGUCAGCAAUUGUUUUUCUUUUUAG